AAUCCGAAUGGGAGGAGAGACUGGGGUGACGACAUUCAGAAAGAUUACACUUACAGAAAUGUUAAUGAGGGUGUCUACAAGAAAUUUUCUGGAGGCUCAGGCAAUGCCCAUGGACAAUCUCACUACCCAACCCCUGCACGCAGACGUCACCGGACUACCUUCAGCCAAGAGCAGCUGGAACACCUGGAAGCCACUUUCAGCAAAAACCAUUAUCCAGACAUCUAUUGCAGGGAGGAGCUGGCCAAGAUCAUCAAACUUAAUGAGGCACGCAUCCAGGUAUGGUUUCAAAACAGACGAGCAAAGCAUCGAAAACAAGAACGAGCCAUUCAGAAAUCAAUCCCGCCCACUGUGAUCUCAGCCUGCAGCAGCCUAAUACCUAGUGUUUGUCCUGUUUCUACCUCCGCCCGCUCAUACCAGUACCCGCAUGCCAUUAAUCAUAUACCACGCUUCUCAUCCAUGGGAACAGGUGGCUACUCUUCUCCAUCAGCUGUCGGCCAGUUUACCUGCACCAGCACACACGCACACUUAGCCUCUGCCCCACCUCCACCUCGGCAGCAUGAUGAUUGGUACAGUACCCUGAGAUCAAUCAAUUCCCCCCCUGCGGGCCUACCCUCAUCAAUACUUUCCCUGGGCCCCAUGCCAGGGCUGGAUCCACCAGUUCACUGGAAUUAACCAAUCUUUGUUAACCUCCCAGAAAGAAAUCAAGACUUGUUAUGUAAUGUUGCCUCCCAAACUCACUGACGUGCAUGG